AUGUUCUUUCAGGAUAUUCCUUUUUCUUUAUUGUCUAUCAUUCGUUCUUUUUUUUACAUCUGUUCUUGUUUCUUUCCUUCUCAUCUGCCUCUUGUUUCUCUUCUUUCUCAUCUGCCUCUUGUUUCUUUCCUUCUUGUCUACCUCUUGUUUCUUUCCUUCUUGUCUGCCUCUUGUUUCUUUCCUUCUCAUCUGCCUCUUGUUUCUUUCCUUCUCGUCUGCCUCUUGUUUCUUUUCCAUCUCGUCUGCCUCUUGUUUCCUUCUCAUUUGCCUCUUGUUCCUUUCUUUCUUGUGUGCCUCUUGUUUCUUUCCUCCUCGUCUGCCUCUUGUUUCUUUUCUUUCUCGUCUGCCUCUUGUUUCUUUUCUUUCUUGUCUCUCUCUUGUUUCUUUCCUCCUUGUCUGGCUAUUUUUUUUUUUUCUCUCUCUCUCUCAUUUGUCUGUUUCUUUCUCUCCUGA